AUGCCGUUAUUUUCGACCAUCAGUUCCAGAGCCUGGGCCUCAGGUUAUGAGAGCAAGGCAACGUAUUUCAGCCAGUAUGAAACCUGCCUCUACCAAGGCAUACUCCCUCAUAAGACCCUGACCGGCGAGGCAUUGUCAUUUAGAGAGCUGAAAGAACCCAGACAUGCUGGAGUCAAGACCGUUGCCUGGCUCGCCUUGAUCAACGAGCAGCAGACUCUGUUAAGCUCAGGGGUGGAGCUAGCAAGGGACCUGUUUUUGGAUCAACUGGCCCUUGGAGGUGCUAAUCGAGUGCUUCUUGACUUUGCGAGCUCAGACUGGACUCAUAAUGGAUCAAACUUUUCUGACCCUAUAUCGUCGGAGGAGAGGGCUCGCGAGGAGGAAGAGACUUUUCAAAGGCCGUAUGACCUCAACAAGGCCAGAGCUGACCCAGACAGCGAGAAGAUUGGGCUCGACCAAGCCGAGACUUCAGCAUGGCCGCUCCCAAGCCCCUUAUCUUCACCAGAACGCUACACAGUUUCCACUAUAUUCUAUCGUACUGUAUCCCACCUCUUCCACCUCGAAGAGCAACGUCGAUUAGGAAGCGCAGCAUUCGCAGGACUUGGCAGACUUGUGAGUAUAAUUGGACUCGAGCAAUAUCCGACGGGGGGUUCAUUGUAUACUAUACUCUCCUCAAGCCCGGUAUUAAGGCCUAUGAACGAAAGAUUAUCGUCUUUCGUGCGCACCACAAUACAUCUUCCUAUGAACGACAUGAGCUUCAACGGAUGGGUCAUCGCUUGA